CAUACUGCUUUGCCAUUUUUAUCAUGGCGAUUUCUUUUUGACAUUUGAGUACAACUGGGCGCACGUGUUUUUCGGGCUAAGCUCUGUGCUAAAUUAUAGUAAUAUCAAAAAAUGAAUCCAGAAAAGCUGAAGAAGUUGCAGGCGCAGGUGCGCAUUGGCGGCAAGGGUACCCCACGUCGCAAGAAGAAGAUUGUGCACUCGACCCCGGCCACUGAUGACAAGAAGUUGCAGUCAUCGUUGAAAAAGCUAUCGGUCAAUACCAUACCCGGCAUUGAGGAAGUGAAUAUUAUCAAAAACGAUGGAACCGUCAUCCACUUCAACAACCCAAAGGCGCAGGCAUCGCUACCAACCAACACGUUCGCCAUUACCGGCCAUGGCGAGAAUAAGACGAUCUCUGAGAUGUUGCCCGGCAUUCUCACGCAAUUGGGUCCCCAGGACAUCAAUCAGCUGAAGAAGAUUGCCUCUGAGAUUGCCAGCAAGAGCAAUGCGGCUGGCGGCGGUGCGGCUGGUGUCGGUGCUGGUGCAUCGGCGGAUGCCGGCGACGAUGAUGUGCCCGAUCUGGUUGAGAACUUUGAGGAGGUAGCCAUUGCUGGAACCGCCACUGCUGAUGCCGCCAAGAAAUCUGGUGAAGUUGCAGCAUCUGCCUAAACCCAGCCAAUCAACCUACACAACACACAUACACACACACACGAACGCAUUAAAAACGAAAAACACACACAUACAUACGAACAGAAGUAGAAGCAAGUGGACGACAAUUACAACUACUUCUUUUCAAAUGGGGGUCAUGCUACACAUACACACACACACACACCCAGACCUUACACACACACAAAGAAAACAAAUUACUAUACAACAAAUAAAGGCAUCCCAAGUGAGCGCUGAGAACAGAA